UCAAUUCUUAACAAUACAAGCAUCUUUUGCAUGCCAGUAUUGUUUUUCUUUUACAGAAAGAUUCUUCCUGCUAGCUCCCAACUGCCAUUAGAAUAUUGUGAUGAGCAAGAAAAGAAAACAUGACAAGAGAAAGCAGCAGCUGUAUUGCAGAGCCAAUUCAUUCACACUGCAGCUUUAUGGAAAGAUGCAAAAUUUUUGGUAACUGAAAACUUUUGCUCCCCAGCAAAGCACUUCUAAGCCUCCCCCAAUCUCUACCAGCCAUGACAGGUGGCAGAGGUCAUUAAGUGCAGGCUGACUGGUGAAGACUGAUAAAUACAACACACACACACACAUUUUCUGCAUGAAGAUGGUCUGGUCUUGAGUCUGAGUUGAUGAAUAACUACAGGGAACUAAAGAGAAUAAUUUGCAGCAAGGUUCCAAGCCAAUGUUGCCUGACUCUUAGUGGAUUAACCUCCUCCACCUCCCUCCAAGUAUCCUCAAAUAUGUUUCAAAUAUCUUAAAACAUGAAUAUUAAAGAAUAUACAGUGGGGUUCUCAGUGCUCUCUGAGCUUGGUGGUUUUCUUGCAGAUGUUUCAUUACCAAACUACUACUAAUGUGGCUGUCCCCUAGGAGCAAAGAAGCUGAGAAUCUACUAGAGCAAGACAAGAGACAAGGGAAGAAAAUACCAUUAAUUAUGAAUUCAUCCAACUAUUCUUCACGGAACAAAUCUGAUUUAAUACAAACACUAAUAGCAGUAAAAACAGGCCUUUAUUUCAUUAAUUUCACCUUCACUACCACUAUGAGUAUAUUGAUAAUUAACAUUAUAAGACAGAAUUACAAAAUGAGGAAAGAAGUCAGAUACUUCUUUCUUUGCCACCAUCUCAUCGGCUGUACUUUAUUCUGUGCUUUUGGCGUUAUAAGCAAUGCAAUUCAAACAUCCCAAGUACAAACUCUCUGGGUCUGGAUCAUCUUCAGGGUACAAGCAGCAACUGCAGAAUCAGUCCUCAUCACUUUAGCUUUGAUGGCCCUCAAUACCUGCCUUGCAGUUUGCUGGCCUUUGAGAUACUUGGCCUUUGUGCACUCAGUGAAAAACAAAGUGACAGCAUCUAUUUGGAUUGGGACUAUAUUCAAAUCUACAUUAUUGAUCAUUAUUGAAGGUAUAGACCAGAAUCCAGAGGAAAUUUUUGAAGAGGAACCCUCUUGUCCUACUAUGCUUGGUGGCAAUUUUGCAAAAAUAUCUGGUCUUCUUCUCGUAUCACUUCUUGCAGCUGCCAUAAUGACAGGUUACAUCUUAUUGUGCAGAGAAGGAAAACUUUCUGGUCAUUUUAAUUCUUCAAAUAAGAAAGCCAGAAAAACAAUUAUUAUUCAUGGCUUGCAGAUGAGUUUUCAUAUUCUUCCACCUUUGAUUAUUGGAGCCAUUGGAAAAGGAACAGAACACACAGAAAUAAAAUUUGGAGCUUUUGUGGUUUUUUCCUUUGCACAAAGCUUUAGUCCCGUGGUUUAUGGACUUCGUAAUAAGGAAAUGCUGGAGAAACUAUGCAUCAAAAAAGAAGGAACUCAAGACAAUAACUUCUUGGUAAAUAAUAAUAGCAACCCACUGCAGCUUCAAAUGACUGAAAAUCCAGUAAAUGGAAGAACAACUUUUCUAUGUAAUGUAUAAAUGUCUUAAAGGCAAGUAAUAUUAUAUCUAAUAAAUUGGGUGUUUUAUGUUUCUGAAUAUAUUUCUGGAUUAUAACUCUUGGAUACUUCAGAAUUAUAUAAAACACAUGCAAUGAUUCAACUCAACUGAAUAUUCAAAGUUAAAAAGUUAUAUUGGGCAUUUCAAGGCCAGUGAAAUAGCCUAUGCACAGCUCAAUGAAGAUUCAUGACCGACUUGGGAAAACAACCACCAUCUGCAGAUUCCUCACUUAUCUGAGAAGAGGGCAGCCAAUUUGUUGGUUCACAGAAAUACUGUUACUAAGAAACUAAAAAAGUCUCUGUCUUAAUCAAAUUGGUUUCUAAAGUGAAAGUAAUUCUGUUAAUGAAUAUUCUCUAUUCUUAUCUCAUUUAGUUUCAGUGGAUUAUACUUUUAAUCAAGGGCUUGGCUGAAAUACCCAGUUGGGAUCUUGGAGUGCUGCAUUUUUACUUUAAAAAAGGGUUGAGCACAAAUCUGGGUCCAUAUGGAGUCCCAAGUCUUAUUUUCUUCAGCCUCAAAAUACUUCCAGAUCACUCUGCUCAAAUGUGAUGGUAUUUGGUGAACAAUAUUUUUCAUACUGCAGCUGGAGCCAUAUAUUCUUUCUUUGGACAGUUUAUACAUCUAGCCUUCUAAUCUGAUACUUGUAAAUGUCAAUGCAUUUACAGAGGUACCUACAAUUAGUUGGUAUCUACUUCUUUACUGCAUUAUGAGUUGCUUUAGGGCUGCUAACUCCCUCUCAUGCUUUUUCUUCUAUUUUCUCUGGUCUUUUACAUCACCUCCAAAGUAUUAGCAUUACAGUACUUAGAAAUUCAAACUAGAAUUGUACAAAUCUACCAUCACUGGUAAAUUUAGGGAGUCAUAACUCUGAGGACCUCAAUCUUGUUCUAUUUGUAUUUCAACAUAUUGGCUAAUUAAAAAUAACCGGGUAAUUGCCAUGCUGCAAAAUAAAUGCAUCUAAUACUUCUUUAUUUUCAAGGUUGCUUCUGAAUCCUAUAAGAUCCAGAAAGUAAAAAUGGCAAUGGGGUGUACCCUGAUACUUGGUUUUGAAGAACAUCAAAUAUCUGGGCUUUAGAGUGGGAGAAAAGAGAGAGAGAUAAAAUAAAAACUAUGCUGGAAACAU